AUGAAGAAAGGAAAACAAAGUAACUGGGCGGAGCUUCCGCCGGAGCUGACGUUUUCGAUUCUGCUCCGGCUUAGCGUGGCUGAGAGACUGAAGAACGCUCAGAGAGUGUGCAGAUCGUGGCGAGGCGUCUGUAAAGACCCAUUGAUGUGGCGGAAAAUCAACAUGACAUACUUGGAAGACAUUGGAUACGAUUUCGAGGCCAUGUGUUGUCACGCCGUCGACCGCAGCCAGGGAGGCUUGCUGGAGAUCAAAAUCGAGGGCUUCGGUAGCGAUUCUCUCCUCACCUACAUCGCCAAUAGAUCAAGUAAUUUGAGACUCCUUAAAAUUCCAGUGUGCAAUCCGAUGUGGCCUAGUAGACUUGUGAAAGCGGCCGGAAAGCUUCCAUUGCUUGAAGAGCUCGAAAUCCCACAGUGUUGGUGGAAGAUGAAUUUGAAAGCUUUAGGCUAUUCUUGUCCAAGGCUAAAGACGUUGAAGCUCAACUGUUUAGGUUACGGGCGGUCUCCCGAGAAAUGGGAUGUUGAUGCGCUAUCAAUCGCCGAAAGCAUGCCCGAGCUACGCCACCUCCAGCUUCUUGGGAACUGUCUCACAGACGUCGGCGUAAACGCCAUUCUCGACGGUUGUCCUCACCUGGAACACCUUGGUUUACGCAAGCCUGGCAACGUUAACUUUGACGGGAAUCUAGAGAAGCGAUGUUCCGAGAGGAUCAGAGAUUUGAGGCACCCCAAUGACUCCAUCGCUGAUUACACGUUUGAUUCUACUUUCUCCGAUGAUGAUUCAGAGGGAAUAAUAGAUAGCGGAGGGGAGCUUUGA